AUGAGAUUGAAGAAGAACAAAGCAGGCAGAGCCAAAAACCCGGAGAUUGGUGUAAGGAGGAGGAGUGCCAUGCAGAUGUUCAAAGGGAGUUUGAUUAAGGAUGACAGGGGUAGGAGCACAGUUGAUAGUGUCAGGGCGAAGCUAUGUACGUUUGGAUUUGGUGGGCCCACUGAAGUUACUUGUGGUGGCAAUGCUUUAAAAUUCUAUGCUUCAGUACGCCUAAACAUUAGGAGAACAGGGCUUGUCAAGAAGGGAGAGGAGACUGUUGGAAGUCAAGUUCUCGUAAAGAUUGUGAAGAAUAAGCAUGCCCCGCCUUUUAGAACUGCACAAUUUGAGCUUGAGUUUGGCAAAGGGAUAUGUCAGGAAACUGAGCUCAUAGAACUGGGAUCCAAACACAAGUUCAUAACAAAGGGAGGUGCAUUUUAUAGUAUGAACGGUCAGAGUUUUCGUGGUAAGGAUGCUAUCAAACAAUUCCUUGCUGCUAACCCAAGUGUCAAAGAGGAACUUAUGAUGAAGCUCCGGGAAAAGUUGCUCGACUCUGAGGAAGACAAGGGAAAGGAAUCCGAGGCAGAGGCUGUGGAUACCGACCCUACAGAGGCAGUUGUUUCAUCUGAUACGACUGAUGAAGAAGAAAUAUCUGCAGUUGAGGCAUAAGACCGUCAAUGACUAUAAGAUGUAAAUGGGAAAAUGUCCGUGUCUCAAUGUCUUUGGGAUCUCCUGAUCAUGUGGUGAUGUUGGGGCGGCCUUCAAUCUACGAUUGCAGGCUUUCUGUGCCGACCCUUGGCAUGAUUUUCCUAAAUGAGGGCGUUUAAAAUUAUAUGUAUAUCAUGCAUUGUUGUAGUACAUGGAAGUUUUGAGUUAAAAAAGAACAAUUUGGAAAAGUGCAGGUUCAUUGUUCAGUUUCCUGUAAUCAUCUCCAUUGCUAAUUAUAAGUUGUCAGCUGCAUUUGGUAUGUUGGUGGCAUUGAUCCUAUUGUACUGUACAACUUCAUGAAGCAAGAAAUCAAUGAUGUGUUUUGUCCUA